AGUGCUGGAAUUAUAGUCGUGAGCCACGGCACCCGGUCCAUCCUCAAAUUUAGAUGUGAGGCGAUGUCCUGGCCUCAAUCCCUCAUGGAUACCAAAGGACGAGUACUGUAUUCCUAGCAUGAAUCCAGUAUCAAGCAGAUGAAUUGUGCUCCUUGAAGCUCAGGUGAUGACAGAGUUGCAGGAACCCAGGAUGGACGGCAGGUGCUGGAAAAGAGGAGGAAAUCCCAGGAGGCUAGAGACAGCCCAGGCCUCUGCUGCACCCGAGGCUGCAGAAAGAACUCAGGGCUGGAGAGGGAGCCAGAGGGUGAGGGUCCUUCCAGGGGAAGGAUGGGUGGGAGUAUCCACAGCCCGUGACUUAUCAGUGUCCCAUCAGGACCAGGUCAAACCCCAGCGGAAUUCUCCAAGACAGCUUUUCUCUCACUCCCACCCUGAUCUCAAGUCCUCAUGUGGGGGGCGGGGGUGGGUGUCAGGCCUGCCAUCAGAGGAGAAGGCUGCUGUGGCUAGUAAAACUGAGGGCCAGGCUGGAUGCUGGUCGUUUUCAAAGACUAAGGGGGAGGGCAAAGAGCUGAAGGGGCUCUCAGGACUGUCCAAGUAACAGACCAAGCCCCUCACAUAGGUUUUUUUUUCUCUAGUGACCCCAUUCUGCCCCAUGGAUGUCACUUGCUUUUUGUCUUUGUCUUUUUUUUCUUUUUUGGAGCUUUUGGAAAGGAGGAGCAAGGGAGGGAGGUGGGAAGAGACUUUUUUUUUUUCUUCACAUGAGCCCUCAGAAUUACAGUUCACAAACUAUUCAGUAAACUGACCGGCCUCAACCUCCCCUUCAACGGCCUAAUCUAAGGGGUGGAUCUAUGUGUUUUGUUGCUUGUCAGAAACAAUCGCUGCGCGGCCCAUUACAUUUACAGCACGUCGCCCUUUAAUUGGUGUAACACGCUGAGGCCUGAAAGGAGGAGAGGCCCACAAAGGCGCCCGUGAAUGAGCCUUGACUCACACAAAAACACUCUGCAGAAGUUCAGAGCUGGCCACUAACAAGGAGGUAGGGAGUUAGUUUGAAAAGAGGGUGAAGUUCAGAAAUGUGUCACCUUGAGGAGCCUCCCAUCAAAGCAAUGGUCGCAUUGACAAGCUGCAAAGAAAAAAAGUUAAACCUUCAGGGCUGCGGACUCGCCUGCUGGAUUUAUUCUUAAACUUGAGGAGGGGGGAAGGAGAGGGAGAGUCUUUUUCUUCUCCUCUUCUCCACCCUUGUUUCUCUGCUCCCGCCCCCCCCCCCCAUUUACUUCAGAGAGCCUUAAAGAAGUCAGGGGGAAGAAACGUACCUCCCACCCCCCUGCUAAGAUGCACUAUUUAAAAAAUAAAUGUAUAAAAAGUCAGGCUGAAUGCGGCUGCCUGAGGCUGCUGCUGCUGCUGCUUUCGGCCUCUGUGGGAACAGCGAUUUGUCCCUGCCCUCUAGUGUGUCCCUUGCUCAUCUUGCGAGGCGACUCCCCCGGCCGAGGGGCGUUGCGGCCUAGGCCAGGGUGCCGGGCGGGCCUGGAGACCUUGUCCCCGGAGGCUGCCAGGGCCAGGGCGUGCGUCCAGGGUCCGUGUGGCCGAGGGGACCAGGACGCGCCAUUCGGAAGCAUUUGGGAGAAGGGAUCCGCCCCUGCGCCAGUCGAGCUCAGUGGAGUCUUGCGUGUGGGGGUCCCGCACCAUCCCAGGAAGGACUCAGUUUUCCCUCCUCCUGCCUGUAACACUGGGAAGACACGACCCCAGCCCAUGCUUCGGUUCCAGUUGCAAAAUGAGGCGUUUUUAAAAGAAGACACCUGCGUGCCCGGGGUAAAGGUGGGGGACUGGGUCGCACCUCCCAUUCCCCGGACUUCCACGGUGAUGGGCUCUACCCUUCUCGCACACCUUCCUCGCUCCAGACGCCCUGAAUCUCCCCCGCGCUGGUGGUGCUGCGGUCGACCUCCCUGGGCCCCCUUCCCGCACCCUGCCCCUCGCCUUCCUCGGUGGGGGGUGCCCCGCCACACCUGCGCCGGGGUGGGCACCUCCGCGUCUCCAGCCCCGUGCGUGCCCCGGCGCCCUAGCCGCCCUCCUCCGCUCGCCCCCUCCCCGCCUUUGUCCCGCGACCGGACCCCCACCCCUCGCGCUGCUCCUGUGAACCGGCUGCCCCGUGCGAAGGCGGGGGCACUUUUCAAUGCAGCGCCGCAGCUCCUUCCAGAUUUGUAAUCCGCCAAAAAAGCCGCUGAUUGCCGCAAUCGUUACUUUUCAUUAAAAAAACUUAGAAGCAAUUUGGGAGAA